AUGGCUGACAAGCCAGCCAAAUUCGACGUCUAUGCAAGGCCGUACGUACCACAGGAAUUGAAGUAUGCGCCGGCGCCCUCGAUCCACUACUACGAUUACGUUCUAUCAUUUGCUGGACGCUGGCUGGACCGAAGUCGUGAUGCCGGCACGACUCAGAAUCAAGAUGAACCGGUCGAGUUCGAAACAACCUCGCCUGCAGACAAGGAGGCCUACGUCCCAUUCUUCUCUCGUGCCUUCACAAGAGAAGUCGAAGCCUUGCAAACAGAGUGCGAGGAGUACGAUAUCGUUCCCGGCCUGCGAGAGAAUAACAUACGCGUCGAAGUCGGCGACAUAGUCCAUGUUCGCCAACUGCGGCUGGAUCAUCGCGGCGAGCUUCUGACGAAUACCAUCACGGACGCUGCAGGAAUGGCAAUCGUCACGGCGUAUCCGGUGGACGUACAGCACGAUGCCGUAGUUUGCGCCAUCAAUCGCCAAUAUGAAGUUCUGACGCUGCGGAUUGAUCAGCUCUUCCCCGGAGGUUAUGUGUUCAACGUCUGCUUCACGCUUCAACACACCCGACUGGAAGCGUUGCACACAGCACUUUAUGAAGCGGACCAUGCAUUGCGGUACACCGAGAACACGUGGCUCCGCUCAAUGCUGUUCCCGGAGAAUUGUGACUGCGCUAUGCAAAGGAGACUGAACCCAAUGUUCUCCACCUUGGCCGUCUUCGACUGCUCACUGAAUUCUGAUCAGAAGCGAGCGGUCGAGGCUGUUCUAGACCAGAAGUACGGCACCGUGCCAUACAUAUACCGGGGCCGCCGGGAACAGGCAAAACACUCUGAUUCCGCACACUUGCUUCUUUGCGCGCCGUCUGACCAGGCCUCCGAUACGCUUGUUGAACGACUAGCGCGGCAUCUCCAGCCAGCCAACCUUCUGCGGCUUAACUCAAGUACGAGAUCAGCCGCCGAAGUGCCUGCGUCGAUUCUACCCUGGUGCUACAUGGCAGACAAUCUCUUCACGCUGCCAGAAUUCCCUGUCAUCAUGGAAAAGAGAGUGGUGGUAGUCACCUGCCGUGACGCGGACAUGUUGCACAAGGCUCGGCUCUGCAACCGAGACAUCUUUCAACUGGAGUGCAACAUUCAUGCAAAACUUCAUCGAACAGCGCCCCUGGUGGUACCACGACUUCAUUGGACCAGUGUGAUCAUCGACGAGGCAGCGCAAGCCUUGGAGAUGGAAGCUUUGCUACCACUUCUGGUGGUCGCCCCUCCGAAUGUGGCCGCACCAGAAGUGAUACGCCCUUCCGUGAUCAUGGUAGGCGACGAACAUCAGCUGGGCCCACGGACGGCAUCGAAGGAUCCAGCAAUUCAGAGAUCAUUGUUCGAAAGGAUUCUCGCAAGACCACAAAGUAAAGGAGUGAUCAAGCCAUUGACGCAGGGCAUGCUACCAAUCUUACGACCUCCAUUUACGAAUUUGAUCCGCAACUAUCGUUCGCAUCCAGCAAUCUUGGCAAUACCGUCGUCUUUGUUCUACAAUGAUACGCUUGAGCCCCAUGCAAAGAAUACCGAUGCAUUGCUUGCCUGGUCUGGGUUCGAAGGACGUCAAAUGCCAGUGCUAUUUACUGAUGUCCGGGCUCCGGACGAAUGUCAGCUGGACGGCGGUGGAUGGUACAACGAAGGGGAAGCAGAAGUGGCCUUGACGACGGCUCAGUCUUUCCUCAGCGAGGGCCUAUUAGAGCAGCAGGAGAUUUGCAUCAUAAGCCCUUUCCGUGCGCAAGUCAAGGCGUUCCAAGGACUCGAAUCGAGACUAGUCAUUCUCUGCACAACUCGAACUCGCGACCGUUUCGUUGACCAAGACAUUGCCAAAGGUCUUGGCGUCAUCCACGAGCCACGGAGAUUCAACGUUGCCCUCACGCGUGCGAAAGAACGACUCAUUGUCAUAGGCAACCCGCAUGCGUUGGAUCAGGAUGAUGACUGGGCGCCAUUCUUGGCUUUCUGCCAACGGAACUCAGCAUGGCGCAGUGAGCAUGAAGAUGAUUGGCAGGCUCCUCACAGCAGCAAGAUCAAGACCUCAAGAUUGGAGAAGCGGAUAGCGUACAGGAAUGGAGUCGAGACUCGGGCCAAUGGAAUUGAGCGCCGGCUCGGGAACCUCAAGUUCGGCAUGUCUGAGGAUGAGACAAUCUGGCAGUCUGGCGUAGCGGUUGAAAAGAUGCUGGAGGAAGAAGAUGGGGAAAACGAAGUGACGGCCCACGAAUGA